AGACAGACUUAGAAAAGUUGAGAACCUAAAUUAGCUCAACAACAAUGAAAAACACAAAACAAACUUUCUUUAUUAUCUCAAAAUCAAUUUUCCAAUUCAAACCCAUAAUUUCAAAAAUCAAAAUUCACUAUCAGCACAAAUCUCAAAUCCUAUCUUUCUCUUUUCAAUCUCCCUUCCUCCUUCAGAAAUUUAAAUUAAUAACUCAAUUUUCUUCUCUACUUUUUUUAAAAUAUUUUUCUGAAAACAUUGUUUAAGCUUUGCUUCUGCUAGCUUCAGCUCUCUAAUCUCUAAAGCUUGAUUAUUCUUCUUCUUCUUUUUUUUUUUUGCAGAUUAAAUCUCACUGCAAAGCUCCUCUUCUAGCUUCUUCUUAGCUUUCUAAACUUGAAGCUUCAUUUUUUUUCCUUUUGUAGUUUAUUUUUUUUCUUCUCUCAUCUGGGUUUUAAAUUUAAGCUUGCUUUAGUUACAGUGCUUUGAUAUUUCAUUUGAAAAAAAAAAAAUAAUUUGAACUGUGUUUAGAUGGUUUUGAGCUGAAAAUCAGAAUGGGUUUUUGGUAAAAUCUUGAAAAGAAAUAUAAAAUCCAUAGGGUUUAAGCAUGGAAGCAAGAGAAACUGUAAGUAGUAGUGGUGGAGGUGGGGUUACAGUGGUGGGAUCCGAUGUUCCAUCGGAGUACCAAAUCGCUCCGAGGUCCGCCGACAACCCUAGCUCAGCCCCUGGAUCAGCUCCACCUCCUCCUCCGCCACCGGCGGUGGUGCCUCCGCCCUCCACGGCGGCGACGAUGCCUUUGAAGAAGAAGCGAGGAAGGCCAAGAAAGUACGGUCCUGACGGCAGCGUCACGAUGGCGUUGUCUCCGAAGCCGAUAUCCUCAGCAGCUCCGGCACUGCCUCCGGUGAUCGACUUCUCUGUUGAGAAACAAAGGAAAAUAAAGCCGGUGAGCAAGGCCAAGUACGUGCUGGAGAAUUUAGGUGAAUGGGUUGCAUGCUCAGUUGGUGCUAAUUUUACUCCACAUAUUAUAACUGUUAAUGCUGGCGAGGAUGUUACGAUGAAGAUCAUAUCCUUUUCUCAACAAGGACCUCGAGCUAUAUGUAUCCUCUCUGCAAAUGGUGUGAUCUCAAGUGUUACGCUUCGCCAGCCUGAUUCCUCUGGGGGCACACUAACAUAUGAGGGUCGCUUUGAGAUACUAUCCUUAUCUGGUUCAUUCAUGCCAACUGAAAGUGGAGGAACUAGGAGCCGAUCUGGUGGAAUGAGCGUGUCAUUGGCAAGUCCAGAUGGACGUGUUGUAGGCGGUGGAGUUGCAGGUCUAUUGGUAGCUGCAAGUCCUGUUCAGGUUGUAGUAGGCAGUUUUCUGGCAGGGAACCAGCAUGAGCAGAAACCAAAGAAGCAGAAACCUGAUUCAAUAUCAAUAUCAACUGUUGUCUCACCAACCAUUGCAGUUCCUAUCUCUACUGCUGAUCCAAAAUCAAACCUUUCAACUGCCGCCGUUCCCAUUUCUACUGCUGAUCCUAAACCGAACCUUUCAUCUCCGACAUUUCGUGGAACUGCUGAUCCUAAACCGAACCUUUCAUCUCCGACAUUUCAUGGAGAUAGUUGGUCUCCUUUGCCGUCGGACUCGAGAAACAAGCCAACUGAUAUUAAUGUGUCUUUGCCAGCAGGUUAACUUGAUUCACCUCACCGGUGCAUUAACCAGUUCGUCACUGACGAUAAGGACAUGAAUGAAAUUCCACUGGAAACUCACCUUCAUGUGUUGUCUGUAGAACUUAUUGAAAAAUUUGAGUACUGACAUUUUUAUUUUACUCCCUUUGUUUUCUGGUAGUUUUUUUUAGUUAGUUAGCCAAUUAGGUAGGGUCUUGCUGCUGUUGUGCCAUGUAGAAUAUUUGAUGUAAUUCACACCUAGAUUUGUCUGGGAAGUGCUGGUGGUUUGUGUCUGAAAAUUGUUGUUCUAACAUUUCUUUACUCUUUUCUUUUUUUUUGCAUUAUUUUCUACUGUUCUUAUUUAUAGGAUCCUUUAUGGGGUUUCUAAUUUGAGAGAAUUUUUGUUUUCUGA